UCUGUCAAAAUGCAGUUAGUUUUACAGAACAACUAAUUAUCCAAAGCUGACCAAAAUGGUCAUUGGCGCCAAAGCAACCGAUAUAUACACAAAACUUCUUGAAUGUUAUACUCAAAAUGGCGCCUUACAAUUUGGCAAAGCAUUACAUGCACAUUUGGCCAUCAAUGGAUUGGUUAAUCGAACACAUUUCGCUUCAAAACUCAUUGCUCUUUACGUAGAAUGUAAGCACUUAUCCCAUGCACGUAAACUGUUCGACAAUAUUCCUAAAUCAGAUAUUCGACGUUGGAUUGUUCUCAUUGGUGCCUAUGCUCGUCGCGGGUUUUAUAACGAAGCAAUGGGUGUUUUCUCUGAAAUGCAAAGACAAGGAAAGAAGCCUAAUAAGUUUGUUUUGCCCAGUGUGCUUAAAGCCUGUGGACGAUUUAAUGAUUAUCGAUCAGGAGAGAUAUUGCACGGUGUGAUUUUAAAGAAUGAAUUUGAAUUCGAUACAUAUGUUGUUAGUGCAUUGAUAGAUAUGUACUCAAAAUGUGGUAGAGUUGAGAAGGCGAAGAGAGUGUUUUAUGGCGUGUCGGAUAAAGAUUUGGUGGCAUUGAACGCUUUGGUUUCGGGUUGUGUACAACAUGGGAUUGUAAAAGAAGCAUUGGAUUUGGUUGAGGAAAUGAAAGUUCAUGGUAUGAAGCCUAAUGUGGUGACAUACAACACUCUGAUCGCAGGGUUUUCACAAGCAGAUGAUCGAGCUAUGGUUUUUGAAGUUAUUGAAUUGAUGCAGGACAAUAGCCUCGAGCUAGAUGUAGUUUCUUGGACUAGUAUUAUUUCCGGACUCGUGCAAAAUUUUCAUAACAAGGAUGCUUUUGAUAUGUUUAAGCGAAUGUUGGAUGUUGGGAUGUGUCCGAGUUCAGCUACGGUCAGUAGUAUAUUGCCCGCUUGUGCAACUGUGGCGGACUUGAUGCGGGGUAAGGAGAUACACAGUUAUGCAGUAGUAAUGGGUAUCGAAAAGGACAUAUACGUAAGGAGUGCUCUCAUAGACAUGUAUGCAAAAUGUGGAUUUAUAUGUGAAGCGAAGCACUUAUUUUCUGAGACUCGUGAGAGAAAUACUGUAACAUGGAAUUCAAUGAUUUUUGGCUGCGCGAAUCACGGGUAUAGCAGUGAAACAAUUGGAUUAUUUGAUCAAAUGUUAAGAGAGGAAGAGACUAAACCCGAUCACUUGACUUUCGUAGCAGCUUUUACAGCGUGUAGUCAUGCUGGACUUGUGCAGUACGGAGAAAGUUUGUUUAAACUGAUGCAGGAAAAAUAUGCGAUUAAGCCAAGAUUGGAGCAUUUCGCGUGUAUGGUGGAUCUUUUAGGGAGAGCAGGGAAACUCGAUGAGGCUUACAAUUUGAUUCAGAGCAUGUCAAUUGAACCGGAUUUAUUCGUUUGGGGAGCGUUAUUAGGGGCAUGUAGGCAGCAUGGGAAUAUGGAUUUAGCAGCGGUUGCAGCUGAAAUGUUAGCUAAACUUGAACCUGAGAGCGCUGGGAGUAGUGUGUUGCUAUCAGGUUUAUAUGCUGAUGCAAGUAAGUGGGUAAAUGUCGCGAAGGUGAAAAGGGUGAUCAAGAAGAAGAAGCUGCAAAAGGUUCCUGGCUGUAGUUGGGUAGAAGUUGCAUAAGAGACAGAAGGCACGGGAAAUUUGGUAAACAACUUAAAGAUGCAAAAUGUAUCCCUAUGAAAUUGAGGUGAUCACCUUCAAAAUGAGAUAAAAGACUGAACCUUAACCAGAUUUCUGUCCUAUCACUGUUAGUAAACUUUUUGUACAGAUCAAUUGAAAAGCUUACGCAACCAGACGUGAACCACAGUUUUUCUCUGAGAGUUGGUUGACAACUCCACUUUUUUCUUUCAAGUUCUACAGGCAUUUAGUACUAGCACAGAAAUGAGACAUGGUGCUUCGUUCAAAGGUGGUUAACAACUACUGAAGCAAAUGUGAUCAUUCAAAUUCUGUCGCUUGCUGGUUCAAGAUGCUGAGAGCACACUAGCUGGUCAUAUGCCCAGGAUGAAGGUGAGCCUCGAGGGGGCGGUGUAGAGAAAUCCAAUGGUUGUUUUUUCACCCUAGGGAUAAGGUCUGCGUACACAUUACCCUCCCUAGACUCCACUUGUGCGACUAUACUGGGUAUGUUUUUGUAGUCAACAGAUACACCAAAGGAAAAAACAAUGCACCACUUAAUGAAGAAGCAGGCAGUUUGUUAUUGAACAAGGUUUAGAUUCAAGGUGAUCACAACCUAGUGUCCGCUGGAUUCAGGAUCUUAGUUGAGUCCAUUACCACCUUGAGUACCAGCUCGGUUUCCAAGGACGCUACAAAGUGCUGGAAAUGAAACAGUUUGUCGAGGAGAUACAGAUGGCAAACCCUUACAGAAAUCCCAUACACUUUGGGAUCAAUAAGUAAUAGCAUGCGCAAAGGAACUGGUUUAUACGGAAUACUAUGGAAGGGCACAAAAUCCUGGGAGGCUGUAUCUGAACGGGAGGUUGUAUGGUCUGAAAUCAGAAGCUAAAGGUUUCUUUGAGAUUAUAG